AUGCCCUCGCCCGGCUCCACGUCGGCGGCGUCGUCGGUCGCCGCGCGGAGGAUCCAUGCCACGGCCCAGCACCUCAAGCCCUCGGCCGCUCUGGCCUCGACGGCCACCAGCUACCCGACAACGCACGACAAGGUCCAGUCCGUGGAAAAUACGCCUUACUUCAUCGACAACCGCUUCGUCCAGUCCAAGGCCGACAAGUUCAUUGACCUCGCCGACCCUGCCACCAACAACCUCGUCACCCGCGUCCCGCAGAUGACCGACGACGAGAUGAAGGCGGCCGUGGCCAGCGCUGAAAAGGCCUUUGACUCGUGGCGCCAGACAACCGUCCUUGCCCGCCAGCAAAUCAUGUUCCGCUUCGUCCAGCUCAUCCGCGAAAACUGGGACCGCCUCGCCGCCAGCAUCACUCUCGAGCAGGGUAAGACGUUUGCCGAUGCAAAGGGCGACGUCCUGCGCGGUCUCCAGGUCGCAGAGGCCGCCAUUGGCGCUCCUGAGCUGCUUAAGGGCGAGGUUCUCGAGGUGGCCAAGGACAUGGAAACGAGGACGUAUCGUGAGCCAUUGGGCGUCGUCGCUGCCAUCUGCCCCUUUAACUUUCCCGCUAUGAUUCCUCUCUGGUGCAUUCCCAUCGCCACCAUUACCGGCAACACUCUCAUCCUCAAGCCCUCGGAGCGAGACCCCGGCGCCGCCAUGAUCCUCGCCGAGCUGGUUCAAAAGGCCGGCUUCCCCGAGGGCGUCGUCAACGUUAUCCACGGUGCCCGCCGCACCGUCGACUUCAUCCUCGACGAGCCCACCAUCAAAGCCAUCAGCUUCGUCGGCAGCAACGCGGCCGGCGAGUACAUCUACAGCCGCGGCUCUGCCAACGGCAAGCGCGUGCAGGCAAACCUGGGCGCCAAGAACCACGCCGCCGUCCUUCCCGACUGCAACAAGAACCACUUCAUCAACAGCGUCGUCGGCGCCGCCUUCGGGGCCGCCGGCCAGCGCUGCAUGGCCCUCAGCACCCUCGUCAUGGUGGGCGAGACCAAGGACUGGCUGCCCGAGGUGGCCGAGCGCGCUCGCGAGCUCAAGGUGGACGGGGGCUUCGAGGACGGCGCCGACCUCGGCCCCGUCAUCUCGCCUGAGAGCAAGCAGCGCAUCGAGAGCCUUAUUGCGAGCGCCGAGAAGGAGGGCGCCACCGUCCUCCUCGAUGGCCGCGGCCAAAAGCCGUCAAAGUACCCCAACGGCAACUUUGUCGGCCCGACCAUCAUCUCCAACGUGACGUCCGACAUGACGUGCUACCGACAGGAGAUCUUCGGGCCCGUCCUUGUCUGCCUCAACGUCGAGACGAUUGACGACGCCAUUGAGCUCAUCAACGGCAACGAGUACGGCAACGGUGUGGCCAUCUUCACGCGCUCAGGCGCCACGGCCGAGACGUUCCGCAAGAACAUUCAGGCCGGCCAGGUGGGCGUCAACGUGCCCAUCCCCGUGCCCCUGCCCAUGUUCUCCUUUACCGGCAACAAGAAGAGCAUCGCCGGCGGCGGUGCAAACACCUUUUACGGCAGGCCCGGCAUCAACUUUUACACGCAGCUCAAAACGGUCACGUCGCUAUGGCAGAGCUCAGACGCCGUGGCCAAAAAGGCUGCCGUCCACAUGCCGACGCUGCAAUGA